ACUAACCGGAUUGGUUUAUAUAUUCACAGGACUUCCAGAAAAUUUACGAGUGAAGGGAAUAAACAUGAUAUACCUGCUAAAUUGGGACUGGGACAAUCAAAGGAAUCCGAAUGUGACAUUUUCAGUGCAGAAAAGCUACGCUUCUCAGAAUAAUUGGAGUAUAAUGGAAGGAUGUGAAAAUAUCACCACGCUGCAGUGCAAAUGUAUCCAGCUUAGGUUUCUUGUAUAGAUAUAAAUUACGUGUUUCAGUUUACAAUCACCAAACAGAUGAACACAAUUCCAGCAUGGUCACUUUUUCUCCCAGGGAAGAAACUGUGAUUGGACCCCCCACAAACAUAAAACUGACUAUACAGAACAACAAUUUACACAUUGACGUUAAAGCACCAGAAGGAUUUAAGCAUGACGCUCUCCAUGCACACUGUAUGUGGGUAUAUCACCUGGAGACUUGGAAAAAUUCAACACCUGCGGAAGUUAUCACUAUGAAAGAUAAAGUACCUCACUUUACGAUAAAAGCUGUGGAAGCCUCUACAACCUAUUGUGCAAAAGCAAAUACACAAUGUGAUGGCAGAGUUGGGCUUUAUAGCGAGAGUUACUGCAUUACUACUGAUCCUCGGUCUUACAUGACAGAGUGGAUCAUAGGGUCGGUUUUUGGGGCAAUAAUUGUGAUCGCAGUCAUUCUCUACAUCUGUCUCUGCCCUUUGAAGCGGUACUUGAAGCAUGUAUUCUUCCCUAAAAGCAAGCUGCCAUCAAGCAUCGAGAAGGGUCUGCCAGAUUUGCCUCAGAACUACAUUAAAAACUUCUUUUUGCUCAAUGAAGAAGAGACAACUGACAAGUGCUAUAUUAUUCAGAACAGUCCGUUGGAUGCUGAGGCCACAAGAGAUAAAAACAAUUCAGGUGCUAAAGGUCGCGAUUCCGGAAACUAUUCUUACGAAGAUGAGGUCACAGGCGACUCUGCUGCUGCCAGUCGGUGA